AUGUCUCCAAUCAUAUCUUCAUCUAUUGACCUUGUAGGAAAAACACCUCUUUUGGACCUAGGUCCGCUAAAUAACAAAGGGUGUGCACACGUUUAUGCCAAGUUAGAGAGUCAUAAUCCAGGCGGCAGUGUUAAAGAUCGAAUUUGUCGUAGUAUGAUCUUAGCGGCAGAAGCAAAAGGAAACUUACAACCAGACUCAAUUAUUAUUGAACCAACAAGCGGUAAUACAGGUAUCGGUUUAGCUUGGCUUGCAGCAGCUCGUGGUUACGAAUGUAUCUUAACCAUGCCCGAAAGCAUGAGCCCCGAACGAAUUCAACUAUUACAAGCUUUUGGUGCGACCGUAGAGCUAACACCGCAUGAAGGUGGUAUGGGUAGUGCUAUUAUUCGGGCAGAAGAACUAUUGGCCCAUUACGGAGAACGUGCUUUUAUGCCUCAACAAUUUGAAAACCCGGCAAAUCCUGAAGCACAUCGUCUAACCACGGGUCCAGAAAUCUUACAAGCGAGUCAAGAACUGGGGUUAGAAAUUACAGCAUUUGUUGCUGGUGUCGGUACAGGAGGUACCCUUACCGGUGUUGGUGAAACCCUUAGACAGCAACAAGAAAAUGUAACAAUUGUUGCCGUAGAACCGACUAAAAGUCCUGUUCUUUCCGGAGGAAAACCAGGCAAUCAUAAUAUCCAAGGUAUCGGUGCUGGUUUCAUACCUAAAAUUCUCAACCUGGACCUAAUUGACCGUAUUGAACUUGUCGAUGACCAAGAAGCAAUUGAUAUGCAACGACGUCUCGCUCGUGAAGUUGGUAUCUUCGCCGGUAUUAGUGCAGGCGCAAAUGUUGUUGCUGCCCUAGAAGUAGCAACAGACCUACCAGCAGAUACAGCAGUUAUUACCAUUAUCUGUGAUACCGGCGAACGUUAUUUAAGCUUAGACUUAUUCUAA